CUCGAAGUAUGAAGGCCUUUCCGAUAGGAACAGACAUCCACUGUAGUGCGGGUACAGCCGCCUGCUUCCCAAAAGAUGGUAUCGAAGGGAAGGAAGAUCACCCAGAUUUCAUCAAGCAUGGGUUUCUGUGACGCAGCCAUCUUUCAUUGAUGAUAAAUGAAAUGAGAAGUUCUAGCUCAUCCUAUAAGGCUGGCCUCUUCCCUGGCGGGACCCAGUAGUCGACCACGAGCAAGAUGGCGUUGUCUAUAUCCGACGCACUCUUUAUCGCUGUAAUAGUUGAAGUCCUUUUAUACGGGAUGUACACUUGUCUCUUCCUAGGAUCGUCAUACAUUAUGAUAUUCAAAAGGGAGAAAACCAAAGUUACCAUUGUCAUGAUGGUCUUGAAUACAAUCAUGUGGUCCGUGUCGACAACACAUGUCACGAUAACCAUCAUCAAGCUUCAUUGGGUAUAUCUGCGGGGUCCUGAGCACGGAGACAGUAUAAUCCUUGCGAUCAACACGCCCUCAGGACUCUUUUCACUCCUCGCGCUAGAAUGUGUAAAUUUUGUUAUUGGUGAUGGAAUUGUACUAUGGAGGGCGUGGAUACUCUGUAACCGUGGCAGAUGGAUACUCUGGGUGUCUUCAAUCUUAGGUAUAGCCACAUUCACUACUACCACCACUGCCCUGCUGCAUACACCAGGCAGCAUACGCCUUCCGAGUACCGAUAGCCCAUUUACAGGUGCCCGGUCAACCACCGCCAUGAUAUUAACACUAUCGAUAAAUCUUUGGGCUACAUCUCUGAUUGCUUGUCGUACCUGGACUCACUAUCGAAUGAUUCGCUCUCUAACCGGCUCAUCCUUCAUAUCUCAGUUUUGCAAGCAGCAUGGUAUUCUUUCAUUGAUAAUCGAAUCAGGCGUGUUUUACUGCUGCACAUGGUUUGCUACCGUCUUUGUUGCUGUCUUGAAAAGCAACGGAAUAUACAUCAUGUUCUGCAUGCUUGCCCAGCUCACGGCCAUAUACCCCACGUUGAUCAUUGCCCUUGUUUCCCUGAAAUCGACGCUUGACGUGGCCAUGCAAGGUUCUCGACAGAUGUACCGGUCCCAGCAAUUCAUCACUAGCCUCGAAUCUUCAAACCGUCCUCUUUCCAUGCAUGUUCCGCAGCUGAACGUUGAUAUAGAGACCACAUCAUCUGGUUCUUGCGAUAACAUUGCAUCCAUCAUGAUAAAUAGCCUUCCGAAGGAGGAUAACGCUCGGUCUGUAUUACUAGGUGAGUCUGGCUCGACAUAACUGUGGAGAAUUUCAUCCGGCGGAACGAACUCGACGAUAUCUUUGACAUGAUCUGGUCCGGAAGAAUCAUGUUAAAAGUCGGGCCCAUAAGUACGACGUAGGAACAGAUAAAAAUACCCCAUCAUUUGAGUGUUCGAGGGAUCAUGUACAGUAUACCAAUUCACGAUACUCGCGAUACCAGAC